GAGAACUCCUCGCCGACGAGAUGGUUGAUGUGGUCCUCAAGGGCGUGACGGGCGAGAUGGAGAAAAGGCUUCAAGCCCGGAGGGCAGCGCAGAAAGCCUUUGCCGAGGUGAACACUUCUCAAGCGGUGCGGAAGGCGAUGCGAGCCAGAGCCAGGACCCAGAAGACGUUCAGGCCUGGGGACGUGGUCUUCGUUUGGAGGUCAUGGAAAGCCCAGGGGAUCAAGAAACAAGCCUGGGUGGGUCCUGGGGUCGUGGUUUUACCCGACGGCCCAAAUGCCUAUGUGAAUGUGAAGGGCAGAUUGUGGCGCGUGGCCAACGAGCACCUUCGUGAAGGCACUUCAGAGGAGAUGCGCGGCAUAGAGGCCGUGCACCAGGUUUUCGAGGACUUGCGCGAACGUUUCCGAAGGCCAGGCCGUGAACUUGGGGUAGUGGAAGACUUGACGCAGGAGCCCCGUCCUCCUCUUGGGCAGCAGGAGAACUAUGAGGACCCGGUGCAGGCCGAAGGAGAAGCGCGAGGACUACCGAGAGCCCGAGUUGAAGACCUGGAGCCGCCGGUGCCUGUUCCUGAAGUACCGGUUCCCAUGGAGGAGUUGGAGCAAGCACUACAAGAACCACCAGUUCCCGAACCUCCCGUUCCUGAAGUCCCUCUUCCGGCUCCCGCAGAAGAAUUGCCAAGGCACUCUUCACAGGCCACAGCAGAAGAGCCAGAAGUGGAACAGGCGGCCAGUCAGGAGCCUGACCUGGAGUCCCGGGUGAACGCCGGCCAGGAGGCGAUCCAAAGGAGUCGGCAGCUGGACGGGAUUCCGUAUGGAGCCGUUCGACCUUCAACCUCAGCGAGGACGGCACCUUCGGCACCUUACCUUGCGGAGCUCUCAGCGGACGACUGGUUCGAGGAGGAAAAGCUACAGCCAGAGACGAAGAACAAGAAGCCCGAGCCAGCACCUCACCGAGAUCGCUGGCAGCUGCUUGUCGACCAGGGCGUGGUGAGGAAGACGGUGAGAGUGUUUAAGACGGGAGUCGCAGACAACAACAGCGACGACUGGAAGGAGCUCAAGCCGAGCAAAAGAAGCAGCGGCAAGUGGAAGGGCUACACCGACUUCUACUUGACCAAGUUCGCGUGCAAGGAGGUGCAGGACCACCCGCUGAAGUACGCACAGCCCGAAGACGUUCAGGAGUACGUGUUCCACACCGAGUCGGCCACCUUUGCGGUCAAGAAAAACACUGACGAGAUCGCCGAGAAGGACAUUCGACCUGAAGACUGGCCGGAGUGGCGAGUUGAAGACGCCAAGGAGUGGUCCAAGAUCGAGGCUUCAGGUGCCGUUCGUGUGCUUUCAGUGGAAGAGAGCCGCAAAGUUGUGGAGUCCCUCACGUUAGAGGGGAAGCUGAACCGCAUCAUCGACAGUCGCUAUGUUCGGCGACUCAAACCUGGAGAACAGGUGGGGGAAAAGCCCACCAUGAAAUCACGGUGGUGCGUCCGUGGAGACCAAGAUCCGGAUGCAGUGGAGCUCAACACCUACAGUCCGACGGUUACUACCCAAAACUUGCAAGUGGUGUUGCAGUGCGCAGCCUCCCGAAAGAUGCCCGGCUCGUGUGGAGACCUGCAAGCAGCCUUCAUGCAGUCCGCUCCUUUGUUUCGAGCGGGUGGCAAAUUGUAUGUCCGGCAGCCCAAGUCUGGAUUGCCCGGGCUGCUUGCUGAGCAGCUGGUGGAGAUAGUCUGCGGAGUCUAUGGACUCGUGGACGGUCCUGUUCACUGGCGGCAGACCUUGAAGCAGCACAUCAUCGAGGAGCUGCAUUACCGGCAGAGCAAGCUCGAUCCGACGAUCUUCUUGCUCAACCACAAUGGCGAGCUGGAGGGGGUGAUCGUCAUAGAGAUUGACGACGUCCUAGCCUUUGGCUACAGCAUCCACGAUGCCGCCCUCACCAGGUUGCGUCAGAAGUUCAAGUUUGGGAAAUUUAAACGGUUGCAGGAACUCCCGGAUGGAACGACCUUUAACGGGAGACGAAUCCGACAAACCAAAGACUUCCAGGUGUUGGUCGAUAUGGAGAAAUAUGUCCAGGAGAGGCUGUUCCCGGUGAAGCUGGAAAAAGGUCGCAGAAGCAACCCGGACUCCGAAACUACUGCGGAAGAAAAGCAGAAGGCCCGCGCGGUCAUAGGUGCUCUGGCCUGGGCUGCGAAGGAAGCGCGACCAGAUGCAGCAGCAGCUGCGUCUAUGAUGGCGAGUCGAUUGCCCUCAGCAAAAGUGCGUGACAUUGUCGAGCUGAACAAGGCCGUGGAGUCCGUGAAGAUGCACAGCAAGCUUGAGCUGAAGUACUUCCCAAUAGCUCCUGAGAGCUUGGGAUGGGGCACAAUAACGGAUGCCAGCUGGGCUAACCAUUCCGAUGGGAGCUCACAAGGGGCUGCUGCCGUGAUAGCCUUUGACAAGAAGCUCUUGUCUGGUGAAAGAGCCUUGUGCAGCCUGAUCUGGUGGAAGUCCGGAAAGCUUCGCCGUAAGGUAGGAUCCACCUUGGCAGCCGAAGCUCAAGCUUUGAACAAGGGCCUUGGAGAUCUUCUGUGGGCCAAGGCCAUCUACGCGGA